AGCCACACGGUUCGACGUCGCCGCCGAAUGCGCUCUCUUCUUGGUGUGAAUCCAACCAUCACAACACAGUCUGUGCGCUUAGUGUUUAGUCAGAAGGAAAAAAAAGUAGCUUUUCCUUUGGAAACGGAGGGGGAGUGGAAAACAGCGCCCAGCAUCCUAGCAGAAACAGUGGAAGUGAAUUGGAGCGUCCACUCCGGUUGUGGUGUAGAUAAUUACGAUUGGAAAACUGGUGCUUGUGCGUUUCCGAAACUGUAUUGUUUCGAGAGUUGGGAUCGCAAUGGACGCGGUUGAAGAGUGGUGAAGGAUCUUCUCGAAAGGAAAAUGAAGAUGAUCCGAGAGAAGUGGAUUUCUGUGACGAAGAUGUCCGGAAGCUGUGAAAAUCAGUGAAAUCGCUCAAUCAAGCAAAAAGUAUUACGGUUAGUGAAAACGAAAUUGCUCAAAUGCGAAAACCCAAUCCUCCGAGGUUGCCAAUUCAAGAAGAGUUGUGAACUGUGAUUGAAUUAGUGAAAAUUUUCCCGAUCCCGUUUUGUAAUAAAUGAAAAGGCACUGAAUGUGAAAAACCACCUGAAAAAGCGAAGAAUGUGGGCCGUCUGAAAAGGAUUUCCUCUCGUUGUCACUACCGACGGAUCGGGAUGGUGUGCCAGCUGCCGACGGGAACUUAGGAUUACCUACCUGUCUGAAUCGCCAAGGAAACGGGGCGCUCUGUUGCGCGGCUGCUUUUGAAUCACCGCCCACCGACGGCAGAAAUAAAACCAACCUCAUCUCAAUACGCGCCUAUCGUCCGCCUCAAAAAAAGAGAAAGAACAAACAACCAAGCUGAACCUCGGAUUUCGUCGCUAUUGUCGUCGACUUCGUCAUCGCGGCGCGCUGCGGCUGGCUGUAGUGUUUGGAUGGCCAUUGGAAAUGGCUCAAAAAAUCAAACUCAAAACCAAAUAACUCACCGGCAAGUCACCAUGUAGGAAAGCCCGCCAGGCGGAACGGAACGGGACGAAAACUGUAAAAAUGUGAGAAAAGGCGCACCGAAUCGCUCCUCUGUCCGUCGGAUGUUGGGGGUUGGCAGAACGCAGGACGUCGAGCAAACCGAGAACACGAACGAAACGAUCGAACGAACGACAUAAGAGCCGCGGGCGGAACUAUGAAUGUAAAUUAAAUAAUUAAAAAUAAUACCCAACUGCGCGAGUGAGAAUAGGCAAACCAUAGGGAGGGCCGAAGCCAUGUUAGCCGUGGGACAAGAUUUGUGUGAUCGGAGCACAUUACUGAAAAAGAAAAAAAAAACAACAACAAAAGGAAAUCAAAUCCAAACGGGCAAGUGAUUUGUGAACGUUGUCUUGGAAGCAUUCCUCAAGGUGAGGUGAAAAGUGUGGUGUGCCAAACGUUGGUGGAAGCAUUGAAACCCCAACAGUUCAAUCUAAAUAACCUAAACAUUGUACUUGAUUAGUGGAAAAAAAAUCUCUAUGAAGGUUGUGCUCUAUAUUUUACUCCGUUCUAAUCUUUCCUCUCAACUACGUUGUAAUAAGCUCAGAUAGAUAAGUGUAAAUAGAAGACACGAUUCUCUACACGUUGUACACAUACAUAAAAAAUAUAUGUGGUAGUUACUCUAAGUACUAGAAAAAGUGAAAAGAAAUGUUAAAUAGUUGUUACUCGGUAGCUCUCUUUCUAAUGUAAUUAUAUAGAACAAAGGAAGUAUUUUCUAUCGCAACAAUUUUAACUUGCUGUGAAACGUGUACUAUUCUAGAGGCAAAUAUCUCGAACGGUUGUGAACUCUGUGCAGCAAACCCCACUUGAAAGUUGUGUAAAGUUUCAAGAUUGACGAAGCAGAUUCUGACGAAGAACCAUCAACAAAGCCGGCAGUACAUACACUCGUAAACGAGUACCGUCCUUAGAAGCGUAGGAAAAUUUUAACCAAAAAUUCAAGAUCAAAAACUGCAAAGCAGCGGGGGCGGUCGCAAAAAAUAAAGCAGAAAAGUCUCGAGGAGUCCGAAAAAUGUGCCAAAUUCAUGUCGCUUCCGCAGUACCCGCCGCAUUCUUCGUAUUGAACCGAACGCAAAGCAGCCCAUGUCUGAUGCUGGGGCUAAUGUAGACUGUCGUGGCCGGCCUACUGGGACAACAAACAUGAGUGAUGCUCUCAUCGAUCCAAGCUAGCUGGUGGCGUCGCACAGUGUGUAUCAAACGGUGAAAAACUUACGAGCGAGAAAGAACGGUGCGGUGGAAAGCUGUCGAAGAGGGAAACAAAGGUGAUGGAGCAUCCACCGUCGCGGCCGUCGUUUGCGUUGUUGUUGUUGGUGGUGCCAAAAGAAAUAUGACCCAAUCGAAACAAGAGUGUAGUGUUAUCUCAAGGAAGUCAUCCCGUAGGGUAGGUUUUGAUUAAUCUUAUUAAUAAACGAGACAACGGCAAAACUUAUUGAAUUACUUCAUCCUAUGCCGGGCUCCCCAGUGCGAAUAAACAGUGCGGGUGGAAAUUGUUAAUAAACAAUUUUCCGAACAAAUAGGAAGUGAACGGGAGCAGAGUGGAUGCUCUUUGGCCAAAUCCGAUAUCCGAAAGAUCGAUAAAGGCGCAGGACGCUUCUUCCGGUGCGAAUAGAGUUACGAUGUAAUUAGUUUGGAGCCAAUUUGGAAGAAAAGAAAAAACGUCGGGUGACUAGUUAACGGUGUUGGAUUGUGUACUUAAUUGUGUGUUUGGUGAAUCGAAAAAGCCAAGUGUUGUGAGUUGUAGUAGAAAAUACUGUGGAAGAAACACUGUGCAAAUUGGCCUAAAAAUCGCUUGGUCGUUGAAAAAAUCGUUGGCAGGACGUUCGAUGCGCGUUGAAUAACCGGUUUAGAACUGACAACCAGGUACUCCAUUGGAAAAAACGCUGCUCAAAUUCACACAACUUAUACGGAGGAUUAUGAUAGAACAAUCGCGCCUAGCCCACUGCUGACAACGAAGACCCUCUGCCUCACCAAGCCGGCCACCAUUCUACCGUUCCACCUUGGAUCACCCGUCGGCAUUGUCCGCCCUGCUACCAAUCAGGACCAACGCUGCCGCCUCCUUCGCAAUAGGACAUCGAAAUGGCUGCUGUAAAUUCGGUUCAAAACGGGCUCCGGCUACCCUUGGCUGGGUUAGCACCGCCCCGAGUACUGAUGUGCAGCGCCUCGAUGGGCGCCGAGGGUUCCGUCACGCUGCAGCUUCGUGAAGCCGUCCAGGCGCCGGAUGCCGGAACAUCGCUGGAGCACGGUGGCCUCACGAUCGGCUACCCGGACCCGGAGAUGCUGGCCGAUAUGUUGGGCUCGUUCCAGAGUGCCUCGGCGGGAGCUGCCGGGCUCAGCUCGGAGCAGCUAUCGUCGUCGUCGUCGUCCUCCUCCUCGACGGGCAGCGGCGCAGCGAAUGCGUCGGCGUUUGAUCUCAUUCAGGACAACAGCAGUAGCAACUGUAGCAUCAGCCGGCAGUCCGGGCUGGAACCGGUAGUCGAGCAGAACUGCAUUGCCAGCGCGCUGCUGGCCAAGGCGUCACCCACCGGAAGCUGCAGCAGAAGUAGCAGCAGUAGUAGUAGUAGCAGUCUUAGCAGCAGCAGUAGCAAUGGCAAUGCGGGAAGCAGUAGUGGCUUGACGCUCAGCGGGAUCAAAAGUGAUAUUGUUUCCAAAUCGGAAAAACUGAACAGCUGCAUCCCGACGACGGUCUCGCUGGUAACGGGAUCCACCUCGCCGAGCAGUAGUAACGGCAGCAGCAGCAGCAGUAGUAGUAGCAGCAUCUCCAGCGCCAUCAGUAGCAACAGUAGUAGUAAUAGUUCCCCCAAAUCCACCGCAGCCAGUGCAGCAGUGGCAGCGGCGGUCAACAGUGCCAACAACCAUACCAGCAACAGUACAACCAACGGCCCCGUGGGUCACAGCACCCGAAGUGAUAGCACCAGCAGUUGCAGCAGUAGCAGUAGUAGUAGUGGCAGCGGAAACAGCAGCAGCUGCAGCGGUAGCGGGUCGAACGUCGCCUCCACCACCAUCAUCAACGGACUACCCACCACGGUGGUGAAAAAGCCAAGGCCCAAAACCGCCUCGCCGACACGGCACGGUCCCCAACAGUGCCAGGUUUGCAGCAAAGUGUUCGGAAAUGCCUCUGCCCUGGCGAAGCACAAGCUGACCCACAGCGACGAACGGAAAUAUGUCUGCGGAAUGUGCUCGAAGGCUUUCAAAAGACAGGACCACCUAAACGGCCACAUGCUGACGCAUCGAAACAAGAAACCGUACGAGUGCAAGGCGGACGGCUGCGGCAAGUCCUACUGCGACGCCCGGUCGCUGCGGAGGCACACCGAGAACCACCACAGCGUUGGCGGCACCACGAUGGGGCUGUCCGGUUCGACGACGCCAACGUCCAGCCCCGGCCCGGUGCUAACGGUGACGACGGCGGCGACCAUGACGGCAUCGCCGACGUCCUCCCCGUCCGGGGCGCUGUCGGCCAUCUCCAGCUGCAGCCAGAACGGCGGAAGCACAACCGGGCCGCUCAGCGGGCUCAGCCUCUCGCCGGCCACCGCCAGCGGUGACGCCAGCUCCCCGCACGGAGCCACCUGCAGCAUCCACUUCACCUCAUCCGGCAGCAGUUUGACCCCCACCUCCAGCAAUCAUCUGGGUCUCUCGGCCAAUGGAACAAGCACCAGCCACAGCAGCAGCGGCAACAGCAACAGUACAACUAGCUCUAGCCAUUCCACCAGCAACAGUGGGGCAGGUAGCAUCUCGGUCACAUUCAACGGCGGGCUCGGCAGCGGCGGUAGCAGCAGUGGCAGCGAAUCCGGUAGCAGUUCCAAGUCCCCCUCGCCUAGUUCACCGGCUGGAAACGGAAACGAAGGCCUAACGCGGCAGCAGCUGGAUCUGAUCACGCAGAUUAUGCAGCAAACCAAACAGGCUAAUGCGGCUGCGGCAGCCGCUGCCGCUGCUGGCCAGAAAGUUCCCCCACGGCCGCGCACCUGGAACAUGCAGCUUCAACUCAGCCAGACAAAGGUAACGAGCUCCAUCAUGAACGGAUCGGCAUCGCCCAUGGAAGUGCGCAACUGUGGAAGUGCGUCAAACCAACAAGCAACCAUAGUGCAGUCUGCUGAUGGGAACGGCAAUACCCAAAGCUCCGGAGCCCAGUCGCCCAACUCUGCCCAAGUGCUGGCCAAAACGGACCAGAAACCAGUCGAGUGCAACCUGUGCCAUCGCAAAUUCAAAAACAUCCCGGCCCUAAAUGGGCAUAUGCGCCUCCACGGGGGCUACUUUAAGAAAGACUCCGAAACGAAGAAAUGUGAUAAGAAGGAACACACUGGCCCCCCUCUACAGACGGCCAGCGUUGGCGUGCGAGCUUUGAUCGAGGAAAAGAUCAUCAACAAGCGCAGUAAGGAUUUGAAGAAUCUGUUGUUGAAGGGUUCUUUUGUGGUGCCGGCACCUCCUCUGACUGCCCGACGACUUCUGGAAGCGAGCGAAGCUCUCCUUUCUCCGAAGCCCGGCACGGUAGCCAUCGUGUCCACCCAGAACGGGGCAACGCAGAUCAUCAACCCGAAAGCAACCAUCAUGACAACCAGCGGUUCAUCCACCUUAAACUGUACUACCACUGAGGUCAAGGAUGCUACGCUGAUCGAACUGCUGAAGCGUGGUACGAAGGUGGCUGUGAAACGUACCUGUUCCGAUCCUGGUCAAUUAGCCAUCACAACGGCGUCGCAACAACAACUCACGACGACAACCCGAACCGUAGUGUUACCUGCAAGCUUGAACAGCGCACCGUCCACACCAGGCGUAACGCCAUCUCUAGCGCUGUCCAUUGCCGGUGGUACGACGGCUGAUCACUCACCAAUUGUCGGAACAGCCUCCGGAGCUGGGUCCGACGCUUCUCCCCUCUCACUCACAAUAUCACAAGCGCCUUCCGGCAGUGCGGACGUGUUCACUCUAGCCUACUCUACCGAUGCCACUGGCGCUGCCGCCUUCUUUAGUGAUAACGACGUGUAUAGUGUUAGCGAUACGACCAUGCUUUUGCAGGCCGUCGACUCUAUUCAACUGCUUCAGGAUUCCUCCUCCACCGAGCAGCUGAACGAAAUAGCUUCCCUUUCCGACUACACCAGCAUCAGCGAUCAGAACUUUACCCCUUCGAGGCAACUGCAAGCGGUUCUCGAUUCGCCCUUGCCCGAAAGUCUAGCCGAGUUUAGCGCUCUUCAUUCCAAAGAUUUUAUUCUCUAUGAUGGGAAUAACUCCAACGCAGCCGUGAUCAAUUGUGAUGCCCCCAACAGUCAAAGAUCCAAUUCCCCACUUCCAUCCCCACUGGCCUAUCCAACGCCUCCAGCUUCGCACGAACCUGUGGCCCAGGCAUCUCCUUUCCUCGAUGACUCACGCCACUUCUCCGAAACAAGUUCCUUUUUCGAUGACAAACGCUCCACUUCCGCUACGAACUUCCUCGACGAUGGAUUCUUCAAGUCUGAUGCCAAAGACGUCAAACUGAGUGAUGAAAAGAUCCUGGCCCUUAAGAAUGAACUGCUCGACGAAAAUCACGAUCUUUUCCGCACUAACAAGAACAUUUUGGACGAUCACUGUCACGAGUUAUUCAAAAGCGAAGAUAGCUUUUUCAUUGAGGAAUCCUCAGCCAUCAAACAGUCAGAUUCCUCUUCGCCAUCGGUGUCCAACGUCGAAGAUGCGGACUCCGCUUCCAAAAUCAACCUUGACUUCCUGGACGAAGCUCAGGCUUUCAUCAAUGAAAACAGAAACACAUCUUCCCCUCUAUCGAAUGCAUUUUUCUCCGGUACGAUGUCCAGUGCCGAAGAAGUCAAAGAAGCGCUGGAAGAGGUUCUCCCUGCCGAUGAAGAUGUAGUCAUCGCGGAGGCUGACAUCGAUCUCUACUACCUUAACGGCCUCUCGUCGCUUCAAUCGCAAAUGAUGCCCAACUCAGACGAUCCACUGCUGUCUUCCUCUCCGAAGGAUUUUGCCCAUCGGCAGCACCAAAAGUUCCUUUACGAGCAACAACAGAUGCAUCAAUCAGCACAACAGCAGAAUUCAGGUAGCACCUUCUCACCACCGAGUGCAAAGAAGCUGAAAAUCGAUGAUGACGUAUCGCAAACAGCGCCAAUAUCCAUGCUAGCUAGCGAACCAAACAAAAUUCCACUUACUGUACAAACCGAACAAAUACAAAAAGACAGCCACCAACCAGGUGAUUCCGUAUUUCUCAGUCCUAGCAGCAUCUCUUCAACCAGCAGCACAGGUAGCAUAAAUAGCUCACCAAAACUUCAGCAUGCUCUCUUGCGGAAACGAUCCUCAACGAUACUGCCGCCCGUUACCAUUCGUAAGACUCCGAUCUAUCACUCCAAGCUACGAAAGUCCACCGCCUCAGCCUUUCCCGUGACACACUACACUCCGCAGCCGAUUCUGAACCCGGUGCGCACCGCCUCAGGUCUGUACUCCACAAUUGCAUCCACCCUGGUCAAUCAAACUAGCUCCGCUUCGGAUUCUACUGUGGACGACACAUCAGACAUAUUUAGUGAGCCUCCGCUUCCGAUUCGUCCACGCAUCAACCUUGGAAACGAUUAUCAGGCCACCAUCCCUGAGUGCUCCCGACCCAGCUAUCACCAUCUCAACCAACACCCGGAUAUCCAAUACUGGGAUCCAUUGGUAUGUCAAAACGAUCAGCAAAUCGCCCGGUUUGUCGAACUUGCGCGGUCUUCCGCAGUUCCACUGGGGUGUCACUCGGAGGAAAACGCUCUCAAAUCGCUCAUGGAAGCCCAGGGAGAAGUCCACAUCGCCGUACUGAACCUCCUACAGAUCCCACCCGCUGGUAUUCAUCGACGUUGGACACCCGGAGAAAUGGAGCAAUUCAUCAGAGGAUUGGAACUUUACGGAAAAGAUUUCUGUCGAAUAGCGGGAGAGUUGCUACCAGGCAAAACGACGGCCGACUGUAUUCAGCUUUACUACUUCUGGAAGAAGCUAUGCGUAGACUACAAAACCACCCACCUACUACAGCACGGCGACAACUCGAUGAAGUUUAUCAACGUGAACGCCUAUCCCACUGACGAUCUUCUGUUGGACCACAUCGGCUACACCACCAACUCGAUCAAAACAGUUCACGGCCCACAGCCCUCUGCUUCGACAUCGGUGUCGACCGGUAGCGACGUGCGGCCGCACGUCUGCGAAGUUCCCGACUGUUCAGCGAGCUUUUCCUCCAAGGCCGCUCUGCACGGUCACAUCCGAAUCCAUUGUAUCGGGCGAUCGGCGGCACACUUGAACGGCGCCUUGCAAAAUGGUAAUUUCUUGAGUACUACUGCCGCUGGUAACCCUAUUAACCCUAACCACAUACCGACAAAGGAUGAUUAUCCCUGCAAGGUGUGCGGCAAGGUAUUUAAUAAGGUAAAAAGCCGUAGCGCCCACAUGAAGUCGCAUCGACCACAAGAUGCCAGUGACCAGUUGCAACACCAACUGCAGCUUCAUCAGCAACAGCUGCAACAACAACAGCAGCAGCAACAGCAACAACAACAACAACAACAUACGUCCUCAACGUAAACGGAGGUUAAGUUGACAGGCUUCGCUACUCCAGCAGCCUGUCAGCCGAGGUGAAACCAAAUCCAAGCGAUAAAAAGACAUUUUUCGGAGACAAUCUUCAAUCAGUAUGUUUACAAGUGAAUUACAAACCGAAAGCCACCUCGAAAUUAGUAAUUGUAAAACAAAACAAAAAAAAAACAAACACACCUGAGCAAAUCACUGAAACGGAGGUUGUAAAAUAUAAACAAAUGCAAAUAAAUACGUCAAAGAACCCACAGAAAAGUUAGAGAAAACAUUGAAACUAAUUACAUUAAAAGAAAAAAACGGUGAGGGCGACCAUGUUGCCCCCCUGCAAAUUGUCAAAUUAUCAUCAGCAUAGAAUAUAUAUACAAACUCAUUUUGACAGACGCAACACAUUCACUUACACGCAUACAUUGAAGUACGAACUUCCAGUUUAAAAUUAUACAUAAAGUAUCUAUUUGACCGUGUAAGGACUCUCCAUAUAGACAUACGUUUAGAAUUAAGAAGAGAAAACUGUUUUGUAAACUUUUUGUUGUUGAUCUUUCUACACUUUAAAAUAAAGAGAAAAGAAACAUAAAUAUAGUACAUAAUUCAACGUGUAAAUAUAAGAAUUGUUAUUGCAGAAAAAAAAAGAUGGACAAAGAAUUACUCGUAAUCUUUUAAAUGGAACUAUUUCUUAGUAACGUAAGAGGGUGCAAAAUCAAAACAAAACAACAGAAAACCGAGGGCGUGGCCUUUUUCGUAGUGUAAACAAGAGUCGUUUUAAACAGAAUAGGUCCGAUGAUCCGGCCCCCACCCUCCCUUCCUGUAUUCAAACUGUUUCUCUUACUCGCGCACAUACACACAGUCAUAUGCAGUCAUUCACCCACUUUUUGACAGUAGAUUGUUACUAUCGCAACUUUCACCAACCGAAACGAAACAAUUACGACAAACCCAGAACAGCAACUCUAGAUGACUUUUAAUCUUUCCAGUAUUAUAGAAGAAAAUUGUCAAACAAACACAACUGUCAUAUGAAACCGUUUCGACGGAGUAGGCAAUCGUUCCUUCCUAUGAAAGUCUCUCUUUCUCUCUUACACUCUAUUUAGAAUAGAAAGACAAAUUUAAUCCAUACUCUCAGAAAGUAAAAAUAGAUGAAAAGGGAGAAAGAAAGUAAAAAAACAUGGUUGUACCUAGUAAAUAAGUGUUGAUCGAUGUCCCUAAUUCUAAUGAAUAUUAUUAUUACAGUAUAAGAAGCAUUCACUCCAUGAACAGAAAAUGGAACGAGUAUGAAAAUCAUGCAAAAAGUGGAAAAGAACGAGCAAAUGAGGCUAAAUGAUGCCGGUGUAAAUUGGUGUUCAUUAUAUGUUUAUUGACGCUCUAUGCCAGCAGUUCAGUUAUUUCACGAUUUUAAGUAACAGUCAAUCAUCUAACAUACUUGUCCACGAUGGCUUAAGCGUAUGUGAAUCAAUCAGCUCAAAAUGGCGCCCAACUUACUUGAUGGCAAUAACUCGCUCACACAACACAAAAUCACGGAUACUUGCAGGAAAAAUGUAGUAACUGACUACCAAGUAUCUUCUAUUAUGUUUGUAUGGAACUUUGACUAAUCUACCGAACGAACAAGCAAACACAAAAAAAAAUCGAAAAAACAGAUUUUCAAAGGUGUGAUCAUAUUAGCUUUUCUAUUGAUUGUGAUAUUAGUUUCUCGAAAUCGAUGAGUGAAAUUACAAAACGGCCAAUCGGAAGAUUGUCAACCGAAUGAAGCAGAAUUAGCGAUGCAUUCUAUUGUCCUAAAUAUUAUUGUAGAAUGGAAAACCAAACUCAAAUGCUCAAAUUAGUCUAUUUUGAAACACUGUACUUUUUCUAUCUUGAUAUGGAUUACGCCUUUUUGUCUCUUAUCUGUAACUAUUCAGUCCAUUGGUACACUGAAUCCAAACAUCAUCCUAAGAUCCUAAGGUUGUUAUUUAAAUAUGUUGUUGCAUUGGAGAAAUUUUUGAAAUGAUAAGCAAAGAUAAUUUGUUCCAGGUAGUGCGACGACAGGAAGAUGUUAGGAUACUGCGUAUUCGGAAUAGCGAAGCCAAAAUCGAAUGGAAGAUUAGGGCGAUCAGACCGAAAACGAACGAAAACAAGUUUGACUAGGUUAGUCUGUCAAAUGAUCUUGACAAGAGAUAGAGAAGUCACUUGACAGGGCAAAUCGAUUCGCGCUCAAUCCACCAUCAUACUCUGUGUUGUGAUUCGUAUCUAAUAAGUAUCUAUUCAGGAAAUUCAAACCUAAAAAUCGAAGCAAAUCAAAAACAGCGCACGGGGCGAACUGCGGGCAAAUCAAUCAAAACAGAAGCUGUGCUAAGCGAAGAUGUGAAACGAUUGUUUGAAGAAGUAUGAAGGUUGGUUACUCUCGAAAAAAAAAACAAGCUGACUUAGGAAGCUAUAUGCUUUUUGAUUCAAGUUGAAGUUAAAAAUGCCUCUCGGGAUCCAAAACUACAUGCACUUGUGUCAAGAGCAUCCUAUUCAAAAUGGAAGCCAAAGCAACAGUGCUUUGAAUAAUAAAAAUGACAGUUCUAGUUGGUUUCCGUUUUAAAUGGGGUGUCCUUGAAAACACGAGUGAAUUUAGUUUUGGUUUCCGAGAGGCUAACGAGGUAACGUUCAAUUCCUACUCCCAGAUUGAACACCAAAAUCAGCAGGGAUUCCAAAAGAAACUGUUUGCAUUUUUCGGGAGAAGGAUUUCGAAUUGAAAUUCUAUAAAAAUUCUAAUAAAUAGAAUUUAAAUAAACCAUUGGAUCCUAAUUGCAAAAAAAAAACCUUAACACUACUUGACGGUUCCGGACAGCCUGCCGGACCAUUGUACAAUUUCUCCGGCGAGACAGUUGCUGUUUUAGUUGCCGCCAAAUAUAUAUACCCAACAACUGACUCUUCUAGCGUUAUUUCAGCGCUGCAGAAUGAGCCGCUCAAACUCCCCUGGAUCUAGAACGUCCUCGCUAAUAAACGCCGGCAUACGAAUUUUACCUUGAUCCCACCGCGGAUUAACGGGGAACGGUAGUCGGCUAUCAGAACCGGUGCUGCCUGUCCUCCUGGCCGAUACGAAGGACUGAAUUCGGAAUCAAGUCAUUCAGGAGUGAAACAAUAACUGGAGAGCAUCAAACUCUCCCAAGUUGCGGAAUGUUAAGAGGUCCGCUUCCUGGAUCAACCCACCCAAACUGAAGAACCAACAGCCAAUCCACCCUAAUU